ACGUCAAAUUGCCCGAAGGUUUUCGAAGUAUGCGAUUGAAAGUAACAGAAACUAAUCUAUGGAAGUAAGCAAUAAAAGAAGUAGUUUUUAGGUUGUUAUUGUAAUGGAUUUAUGUGUAAUUGUUCGUGUUAAUUAUACGUUAUUGUUUAAGGAGAAAUUACAUUAACUUUACAAAGCGUUUUUAUGCAAUUAACUCUAAGUUUAAUGAAUGCCGUUGAAGUGUGUCGUAGACAAUUUUUUUUAUUAAUAAUUGUUUGUUACUGUGGUUCUAUAUUGUGCAGUUCGUUAGGAAAAAGUAUGGAAAAUUUUAGGGUAUACACUGUAACUUAUAACGUGGGCACCAGCAACCCCAGUAAAGAUUUACAUGAUAUGCUUUCUCUUUCACCCAAACCUGACAAAAAUAGCUAUGACUUAUAUGCUGUCAGCCUCCAAGAAGUGAAAGCUCAACCCCAAAAUAUGCUUUUGGAUGUGUUUUUUGAAGAUCCAUGGACAGAUGCAGUUAAAACAUUAUUAGAAGCAAGGGACUAUGUAAAAAUAAAGAGUGUUCGAUUGCAAGGCUUAAUUCUGAGUAUUUUCUGUUUAAAGAAACAUUUAAUUAAUUUAAGGCAAAUUGAGUCUGAAUAUACAAGGACAGGAUUAUCUGGGAUGUGGGGAAAUAAAGGUGCAGUGGCAAUAAGACUAAGCAUAUACGGUGUCUCUUUAUGUUUCGUUAAUGCCCAUUUAUCAGCACAUGAUCAUCAGUUAAAAAAUCGAAUAGAGGAUUAUGAUAACAUAAUGACUAGCCAAACGUUUCAUAUUCGUGAACAGAGUGCCAUUCUGUUUCAUGAUUAUGUUUUUUGGAUGGGUGACUUAAAUUUCCGAAUAAACGAGGACGUUUUCAAAACUCCUGCAGAAGUUGAAGCACUUAUAAAAAAUGGGGAGUUAAAAAAACUUUAUGAAAAUGAUCAGCUAUAUACGUGUAUGAGAAAGGGAGAUGCUUUUAGUCAGUUUACAGAACAGCCUCCCACCUUCCCACCAACAUUUAAAUUUGAAGUGGGAAGUUCUGAUUACGAUCAUAAACGAAGACCUGCAUGGUGUGAUCGGAUUUUAUAUCGCGUAAGUCCUCACAACUAUCAAAACGUAACACUCCACAUAGAACAGAAAUCUUAUAAAUCCCAUCCGUCUUAUCAGCUUAGCGACCACAGACCGGUUUCAGCCAAUUUCGUCAUUAAGGUCAUUUAUAAAUCAGAAGUGGAUUCUGUACGAUCUAGGGGUUUACAGGUCUUCUCGCACUUCGAAGAGACGGUAGUCAAAUUCGAUCGAAUACCUUUCUGGUAUACAGAUGAGGAGAACAGUGCUACAUUCAAAGUGACGCAGCCCUUGCAAUGUUGCAAAAACGACUGGAUAGGGGUUUUCAAGGAUAAGUUCUCCAGUUUAGAGGAUUACAUGAUGUACGAAUAUGUAAGUAAGGCUUCUACGCCAGUUCCGGAAGCACAGGGUGCGUCGUCAGCCCAAGCACCACCCUCUUUCACUCCGAAUAUGAAACAGACCAUUACGUUCCCGGAGAUAAAGACCCGAUCGCGGGGUCUUUUCCGAUUAAUUUAUUUUAGCUUAGACGAGGACAAUGUACAGAGCAUUUUGGGCGUAAGUGACCCUUUCCCCCUUCAGGAAAAAGAGAGCAGCAGCCACGACAGCAGUAGUGAGAGCAGUAGCAGUUACUGAAAAUUAUUGUACGGCAGUAUUCGACAGGGUUGCUCGGAAAUACGUAGAGUUAAGUAGUAUGUACACUGGUAAGGCUUUCAAUUUUCCUUUUAGCGAAUACAGGUCGAAGUUUAUUAAUUAUGAAAUAUAAAUCUCGACUUUCUUUGAUAUUUUUAUUUUUGAAAACAGUUAUUACAAGAAUACCUUUUUCGUGUUUGAAAAGAUUCAAUCUUUUAAAUGAUGUAUAUAAGAGCUUUAUUUACAUAGAAGCGACAUUAACUUAAAAAAGCCAAAUUUUCUUGCAUAAGCAGCGACAAAUUUAGCUUACUGUGCUGUGGGUUCAGUAUUAGUUAAAAAUUUAAGGAAGGAAUUAAAAAAGCAGAGUUGGGUAAGCAUGCAUUAUAUAAGUCCUGAAGAACAUCUCUAGAUUCUGAAGGAAUUUGUUAAUUGCCUACUUAGCUAUAGUGACUCUUUUAAGGCACUUGUUAUUUAAAUUUUUUCAUCCCAUAUCUCCUACUUAUUUAUUUACUAUGUUCUGAUGAAAAAGGCCUUUUAUUUGUGUUUUGAUUUUAAAUUUCAAGUGGUAGCUAUUCAUUUUAAUCUCCGUUGUUGACAUUAUUGUUGUUGUUGUUGUUAUUGUUGUUGUUUAUAGUAUUAUACUAUUGUUGAUGUGUUGUUACAUAGACUUUUUUCUGAUCUCAUCAGGUACAAAUAAAAUUUUUAUUUUCGUAUAAUUCAAACUACUUUACCAGUGAGUCAUAGCUUACAAGUAACAGAUCGUCUUCUGUCAGUUAUAUAAUUCAGUAACUGUUCAACUGUACUCCAUUAAUUUUUAAUAGGUAGACGCUCAUUCAACACAUUUGUUAAUACAGUAGACAUUCGAUAGUGUCAACAUCGCAAAAUAUUUUAUUCGUGUACUUACUUUAUUAGACAACUGAUAAAAAACGUUCAUCUUCAGCAAAAAAUUUAAUCUAACUUUUAAUGAGUACCAACAUUGACAAAAGUGAAUAAUUGUUUUUUUUUUCGGUUUGCACUUGAUUGUCUACUGCAAUUUACACAUUUGUACUUAGCCCUUAAACAAAAAAGAAAAAGAAAUUAUAAUGUAUAGAUAUUUAGAACGAACAAGGUGGAACCAAUUUUAUAAUACAUAUUUUUAUUUAUUU